AAAGGGCAGCUAUCACCUUUUACACAACACCCAUGUUUGAAAAUACGUUACACACUUCCCCUCUUCAAUUUUUUCUCCCUAUCAUUCCAUAUGUUCCCACUACAUCUUCUUCCUCCAAACUCCACCCCUAAAAAAACCAACAGAAAAAUAACCAAGCCGAACCCACUGAACCCAUACUAGAUCCGCCACCGGCCUUCGAAAACCCAGAAAUGGUUAAAACUUUCAAACAAAACAUUCCCCUUCUCCUCACUUUCUUCUUCUUGUUAAACUCAUUUCAACCCAUUUUAGGAGAUACAGAGUUAAGAGCUUUAAUGGACAUAAAAGCAUCUUUAGACCCAGAUAACAAAAUCUUAAAAACAUGGCAAAAUGAUGGUGACCCUUGUAGUGGUUCAUUCGUCGGAGUUGCUUGUAAUGAACACCGGAAAGUUGCUAAUAUUUCAUUGCAAGGAAGAGGACUCACCGGAAAAAUGUCUCCGGCGAUCGGAGAUUUGAAGUGUUUAUCAGGUCUUUACUUACAUUUUAAUUCUAUCUCUGGUGAGAUUCCGAGGGAAGUUGGUAAACUUACUGAGCUCACUGAUCUUUACCUUAAUGUCAAUAAUUUUACUGGGAUUGUUCCUCCUCAAAUCAGUCACAUGACUAAUCUUCAAGUGCUAGACCUAUGCUGUAACCGGUUGACAGGCAACAUUCCUACACAACUAGACUCCUUGAGCAAGCUUGGUUCUCUGUCUUUGCAGCAUAAUCAAUUAAACGGUUCUAUUCCUCCAAGUUUGGGCAGUUUGGAUAUGUUAAAGAGACUUGACUUAAGCUAUAAUUAUCUUUCUGGACCGAUUCCUGUAACCAUAGCCAACAUCCAAACGCUUCAAAUUCUGGAUGUUCGGAACAAUUCUUUCUCAGGAGCUAUUCCCACCUCAUUGAAGAGAUUGGACAAGGGGUUACUAUAUGGAAACAAUACAAAGUUAUGUGGAUCAGGAUUCCUUGCAUUGAGAGCUUGCACUACCUUUGACAACACGAAUGUAGAUUUCGACACACCUCGUCCAUUUGGUUCAUUCUUCAAAAACCACACGGAAACAAACCAUGAUGAACCCAGGAACGCGAGUCUCCAAACUAACAAUAGUAGCUCUACUACUGCAUACUCCAAAUCCACGAAAUUCCCUCAAAUAGUCGUUGUUGUUGGGGUGAUCACAGCUUCAGUAAUACUAGCAGCUGUAGCAUUUCUGACGUUUUUCAGAUACAGACGGCAUAAACAGAAGAUUGGCACGAUGAUUGAACCCUGUGAGAGUCGGUUCAGCACUGACCAUGCAGUUGAUCUGCACAGCAAGAACGCCUCACCGCUAGUCAGCCUAGCGUACUCCACAGGGUGGGACCCACUAGCGGAUGGUUUAAACAGCGGAGACCUCUCCCAAGAGGCUCUUCAGAACUUCAGGUAUAACUUGGAGGAAGUUGAAUCUGCAACACAGUACUUUUCAGAAGCGAAUUUGUUAGGAAGAGGGAACUUCUCAACUGUUUACAAAGGGGUUUUGAGAGACGGGUCUGUUGUAGCCAUUAAAAGUAUUAGUGUAAAUAGCUGCCAAUCUGAAGAAGCAGAGUUUGUGAAGGGGUUGAACUUGCUUGUUUCACUCAGACAUGAAAAUCUUGUCAGUUUGAGAGGAUACUGUUGUUCAAGAGGUCGAGGAGAGUGUUUUUUCAUCUAUGAUUUCGCGCCUAAAGGAAACCUCUUAAAGUAUCUUGAUGUCAGUGAGGGAAGUGAUCAUGUUCUUGAAUGGUCUGUUAGAGUUAGCAUCAUCAAAGGCAUCGCUAAAGGUCUGUGGUAUUUGCAUGAAAAAACUGAAAGUAAACCAUCAGUGGUUCACCAAAAUAUAUCAGCAGAGAAGAUAGUAUUAGACAACCAGUAUAACCCAUUGAUCUUGGAUUCAGGGUUACGUAAGAUACUAGCCGAUGACACCAUCUUCUCAGCUCUCAAAAUGAGCGCGGCCAUGGGAUACCUAGCCCCGGAGUAUAUAACCACUGGUCGAUUCACAGAGAAGAGUGAUGUGUAUGCAUUUGGAGUGAUAGUUCUACAUGUUAUUUCCGGAAAUCAACAACGAACAAGUGUGAUGAGAUCAGCUGCUGAGUUUUCCAAAUUGGAGGAUUUUGUCGACCAGAACCUCAAUGGGAAAUUCUCCAUGACAGAAGCCGCGAAGUUGGUGAGACUCGGGUUGAGUUGUACACAUGAACUCCCAGAUGAAAGACCCAACAUGGAGUCUGUUGUUCAAGAGCUGAAUAAACGCAAUAGUGGUUCUUGAAGGGGAAUAGAUGAAAGUAAUAGCUGAGAAUCUAAUGAGUGAUUUAAUUCGAGUUUUAACAUUUUUUGUCAGGAGGUCAUAACUUAAUGUUGGGAGUGUAAAGAUAUGUAAAUUAGGCUAUUAUAUAGGGUUUUAAAAUGAUUUUUUCUUUGAUUGUUUCUGUAAUAAUGUGAAUCUGCUCUAACCAGAAAUCUAAGAACAAUCCAAAAGCUUAACAAUA